AUGACGCCCCGGCUACCUAGCUUUUCGCAUCUACUUCUAUACCGAUCACGAGGCUUGAUAAACUGGCACCGGUUCAACCUUUCUCUGCUUAUCGCUUUCGUUCUCUUGAACUGGCUGUUCCAAGCGACGCUGCACAAUACAGAUUGGAGCUCCUCUACGCCUCCUAGCGACAGCAGCGUGAUAGUGGUCUGUGCAAGUGACUGGUACGCUCCUAUUUCGACCACGAUUAACGGAAGUUACCGCCUGCAGCUAAAGGUACCAGUGGAUCCAACUGUCGCAACAACCCGCUUUGACCGUGUUCCCAGUAGCAAAGUUGUGAAAUUUGACAGUCAUCCGCGCCUACUCUCCUUCGAGGAUAUGGCUGAGAUCGAGGAUCAAUUUUGGCGUCUGCCUGUGGACAAGCAAGUCUACCAGAUUUAUCCACGGACCCUCAACAUGUCGGAUGUGGUGAGCAGGGUGAAGUCAUGUCGUGCAGUGCCGGAGGUGGGUUCCCGUGAUGCUCUAUUCGUAAGUUGUUCCUGUGAAGAGUAG